AGGGAGUGCAUGGUAAGACAGAAGGAUGGAUGGAAGGGAAAGGAAAAGGGUGUGGUCUCCCUCCUGCACGAGUAAAGUAUGACUUCCGGAUAUGCGUGAAGCAGUACGAGUACUGGUGCUCGAAUAUCCUUAGGGAUAAGUGCUAGAAACCGUGUGUGGUCCACCAGACUUGGCGAAAGCUAGGGGCAGUGCCUGGUUGGUUUCUUGGCACAGUGGUGAUCAUGGAAAAGCAUUGGCAUCAGGAUGGCCUUCUACUCCCAGGGCAACCAUGAGGAUUGCUUUUUUUUUCUUUCUUUUUCACUGCGACGGUUCAUUUUCUCAACAACCUCACACAUUUGGAAAGACAGGUAAGCGGCCAGGUGCUGCAUGGUCGACCGUUCUCGUAGAGCAGAGGGGAGGGACAGGAGGGUGGACUGGGAGCUGCCAAAACGCCACGGGUCGAUGAUCUAGCCUCGCCUUCCUGCUUUCCUUCCGCUCGGUCUCGGGUUUAUCUGGCGACCCAACAGGAAGGCGGUAGAUCAAUGCCGGGAAUGCCAGCGUUCACAUUUUAGCCUCUCCUGACCUUUGUCACCGGCAGUCGGCCUCGUCGUCAGAGCUAGCUAGCUAGCUAGCUACUGUAGCUAUAGCUACGGAGCUUGUAAUACUUAUCGUAUCUCGAAAACCGGUAGUCUAUUAGUCGGCCGUGGUGAUUAGACUAUCUUAGUGCGGGAGCUCCUGGCAGCGUCAAGUUGGAAUUCGAAAGCUCCCUCCCAUCCCCCUCUGCCUCGAACCCCGCAAUUUCCAAUAAGCAAAAAAAAAAAAAUUCCACCGUACCAUGCAUGGAACGCACAAACGAACGAAUUCGCGUGCUCCAGAAUGGGAUUGGUUAUGAUAAUUACGGUAGACUAACACCCAGUUUGGGGUCAGCCCUUUUUUCCUUGCACACUCGACCAAUCAAAGUCGAUAUUUCCUUAUCUGUUGGUCAGACCGUAAAGGGUAAAUUCUCUUUGUCAUGGCAAGAAAAUGGCCCGGAAGGGGGGGUAUUGGUGUAGGUAAAAAAAGUAGGCCGAAGGGCAUGCUCCCGUCACACUAACAUUGAUGGCUGCCCGAGGAGAUACUCCGUCUAUUUUCUCUUCUCGCCAUUCCUUAACCUUCCUCCUGAUGGUACCGAGCCGAACAGCCGGCUCGCGAUGUUUCGAUCAGUGGGAAGGCCUCCCGGAGGCUUUACGGUCUGGUUCUCAAGUCCAUCGUGGGUCCAUAGGGGGGCCAAAAAGCAAGAAAUACCCUCGGCGCUCCUGCAUAGUAUUAUGAUAGUAGGGAGAACUUGCUCGACUUUGGAGAACGGAAAACCCGCUCCCCACCCGUGAAACAGCGGAGACCGCCAGAAUCCUCGAAGAGAGAAAAAGAAAAGUAAAGAGUCACUGAUAAGGCGUGUGUAUAAAGAGGAUAAAAAGUUCUCGCCUUGUGGUUGAUCCGUUCUACAGUUGUCUAGAAGCCAAUUGAUCGUGUGUUUCGUUGCCUAAUCUCGCCCUUUGCAAUACUCGGGGUUUUGGUGUUGAGUGGGAACUCAAGAAACAGAUAACCGUGACAACCAAUAAUAAUUGGUAGUACUGUAUCCUAACACCACUUCAGUUGGUGCACCGACCCCAGGAAACAUAUGCAACCGGGAACGCCCGAACCGAUACCUACCACAAUCUCCCCUACUGCCAUCCACCACCAGUCACAAGAGUCUUCUCCGCAUAAUUAAUCAAUUCUUGUUCCCGGAGGGCCAUCUAGUCCCAUCAAGACCCAUCGUCACAAACUGACGGGAAAAAAAAAUAAAAAAAAUAGCCAUCCAUCAUUCCGAAAUAUCACGGCUACCACCCCUCAUCAUCAUCAGGCCAUUUGCCAUCCACCUGCUCCUCCACCCUUUGAUAAGAACCACUUCUCGUCUCUUCCCCCGUCGAGUCUUUCCGCUACAAAGGCACAUAUCCCCCAACACACACACCGCAAACAAAGUGCCAACCAGGGCCCCGAAACGAACCCAGGACAUCACAAUGAACGCAUCUCAAGUCUUCCGUGCCUCAACCGCCGGACGCACCCCCCUUAUCCAGUUUCUGGGGAAGCGUUCAAUCCCCGGUACGUUUGUGUGGCACAAAGAAUUUUCAUGCGGGCUUGCGGAUGAGGAACAAGGUGCUAACAUCAAUUUUCUUCCUGCAGAAUCCAUUGAUCACGCUCCGCGCCCUCACCCCGCGGCACCGACCAAAGCGCUACCAAACUCGUUCGCCGAAUACCGCAAGGAGGCACAACAGCAUGGACCCCUGGGCGGUUACAAAGCAACCACACCGCCCAGAAUUUCGCCUAGCAUUUCGCCCAGCAAGGGUCAGGUUUUCGACAGGAGCGAACUGCCCCCACGAUUCUGGCGCCUGACUUUGAGUAAAGAGGAAAUGGAGGUUGUCGAGAGCGGUGGGGCCGCGAUGGCAUAAUCAACCAACAUUCCCUUUUCUUAUUCGGAUACGACAAAAGAACAAACAUUCAAAAGUCACCUCGGGGGAUUUUUUUUUCUUUUUCUUCUUUCCCCCCUCUCUCUGUUCACCGGAAGAGCUAGCGGUGGGUUGUAUGAUAUCACGAUGGGCGGGUGGAUGAAUUGAGCGGGCGUGUUGAGCACACGGGUUGGGCGUUAGCAUGAACGGGCAAAGCUGACUGUAGAACGGAGGGGCGGGUGGAGUGACCGGCCGGAUAUGAUAAUACUGUGUGUACUAUGGGAUAUCGGGAGCUUGGGGGGGCUAGUUCUCCGGAAUCGUAUUCUUUUAUUCACUUUCCAUCAUAUUCCCUUCACAUUCGAUGCCGUGUGGUAGUUUCCUGUACCAUCUCGCUUUCUUCACAUUUUCCCCUUUCCUUACCAAAAUGUGCAUUGUAUUUAUCCCUCCCGCGGGGGGACCGGAGCUGGUGCCUCUUCCCCCCCCACUUUUUCUGUUUGUUUGUUUCUCGGGCUUGCUCGCGGAUUACUUUCUUUCUUUCCUUUUAUCAUUUUCAUUUCCGACCUCACUUGUGGGCCUUUUACAAUUGUAUAUAUAUCAAAAGAGCAAAAAAGUUUGUGGAUGGCCUUGCAAAUUCUACUCGGGUGUCACCUGCACCUGCACCUGCAAUGCAGAGAAGGGGAAAGGGGGGGUAUGUAUGAUACGAUACGGUAGGUUAGCAAUCAGGAAGGUCAACCAGAGAAAAGCUUAUCGUAUAGCGCGAACGUCAAUCCGUCCAAUAUAGUCGAGGCAUAUGUGAAGGAAGAAGCGGAAAAUGUCCGUUGGUCCGUGCAUUGUGUCGCAUUUCUCCCCAUGGCGCAUCGAAAAUCCAAUCUGGCAGAGCAAGCUAAGCAAGCAAGUAACCGCCGUUGCCCUUCGCGCCCAACCUCAAUAACAACAACAACAACAACAUACAACCUAUCAGUACACAUUCCAGUACGGUAAUAACGGUACACACCGGAGAAACCAGGAGGAAAAAAUAUAUUUUCGUCGAAGAUGGCCCCUCAAACCUCCGGGAUCGAAUUCUACGAGCGCGACGAGUCAGGGAGAAUCACCGCGACCGCCACGUAUGUGCCCGGUGAAGGGGGAGAUGGGAUCAAAGUUAUCGUGAGUUUUCAGCUCAUCUAUUUUCUCUCCACCCCCCCCCCCCUCACCCGUCGUGGCGCGCUCACGAUGACGGAGUGGUAUCAUGAAUGGGAGGAGGGGGGUUGACAGGAUCCCCGGAAUGAUUGUUUGUCUGUUAGGUUCCGGAGAGGAGUCGUGGUGGUCGUGCUCGCGGUGGUGAUUAUUUGUGGGAUCUUGUCAACGUGUUCCUCCCGGCGGGCUAUCCGGCGAGUGUGUCGGAGGAUUAUAUUGGGUAAGUUAUGGUGGAGGGAGAUAUUUUGUUUUAUUAUUUUUUUCCCACUUGCCCAUGGUUUCCUGCUUUAUGAUUUUGCUUUUUUGGAAUCAUCUCUUCACGCACCAAACCCCUUCCCCUGUCCCUCGUAAGGCGGGGGGCUCUUUUCCUGCUUGGAGGUUUGUUCUGCUUAUUUUUUUAUUUUUUUUUCCGUCGGCGAUGGAAGUGCGGCUCUGUUGGCUGGUUGGUUGGUCUGUGUGCGAGGCGUGCUUACCGUACUUAUGUCUUGCGCAUGCCACAGUACCAUUGGUGCUGCUGAUGCUGCCACUGGAACGAGCCCCCUUCCCCCCGUUCCCAUCUUACGGCGCGGUUUAAUUAUAUCACGGUGAUGCAGAGAAUGAGUAACAGUGACUCGAGUGCCUUUCUCCUUCCUUCCUUUAUUUUUUAUGCGUGAUGAGUGAGAGUUUGAGAGGAACAUCAUAGCUAAUAUUAUUGUUUCUAAUCCGGGAUAGAUAUCAGAUAUAUGUGAGACAUUUUUUAUGAACAAAUUUGAACCCCCAUCAUCACCAUAUGACGGAAAGCUAAAACAUGUAUUGUCAGGAUUCUCUGCAAGCAUUCUCCUCGUCCAUCGCUGGCCUAUUGAGUUCGAGAGCUGUCCUCGAGGGUGAAUAACCAGAAAAGACCCCUCCCCUAUCACCCCUUCCUGAUUAAUACCGGAGGGGCGUCACACAUCGUUUCUAACGUUUGGCCUGUGAUGAAUAUACAACUAGGAUUCGGUGUCGGGUAGCUAUACCAUAUUCGCGAUUCCAGCCAGCCAGCUAGCUAUUAUAGACGAUCCGGUCGCGCUAAUUAAUAAAUUGUUUAGAGAUGCGAAUGCUUCUGCUACGGGUGCUUUGCUGCUGACAAUUGCUCAGGGUGAGUUCGGCACCAUGUCUACCUCCCCCCAAGGGGGUUGGUUAUUAUUGUCAUCACCAUCACCAUCAUCUGAUGCAUAGCCUAUUAGACUGCGUAGGUCGGUUGGCGACGAUAUUAUUCGCGCACCGAUUUGGCCCGGCGUUGGAGGCGGAAACCAAACGCUACCGCCUAGCAGCGGAUGUAUUCAACGAUUCAGCCAUGAUCUUAGACUGCCUUUCGCCAGCGUUCCCAAGAUCUGUCCGGAUAUUAAUGCUGUGCUGUUCAGGGUCCCUGAGAGCAGCUUGCGGGGUGGCAGGUGGGGGCUCGAAGGCCAGCUUAAGUGUGCACUUUGCUCGUAGUGGGAACGUGGGGGAGUUGAAUGCGAAGGUAGGGGCUUCGACUCUCCGCUUUACACCCCGAUAUUGAGUAGGUGGAUGCGGGUGCAAUCUUUUGGUAUGAAGUAGGAUUUGCUGAUAUUGUGAAACGUUAAGGAUUCGAGUCAAGAAACGGUGAUUGGCUUGAUGGGAAUGCUGGUAAGCUUUUUUUUUUCGCUGUUAAUGUGCCCCGUGUCGAAUCGCUGCUCCUUUACUUCCUAUUCUCUUCUCCGCUCCGCUAGCCGUAGAUAAUCCGGCCCCUUUUCCCAGGUAACCAUAGUGGAGGCGCGGUCCGAGUAACCGGUCACGUCACCUACACUCACCGUACCUGUACCGUACGGUACUCGUACUGCGAGGAGCCGCAGGCCUUGCCUGUUCUUUUUUUUCUCUUACCCUUCUUCGCCACUCGGGAGGGCCCGGGAUGUGAAAUUUUUGAUUCCCACAUCUCGACUCAUGGGGCUGCGUUAAAGUUUGAUUGGAAAAUGCUUUGUUAUGCUUCGACUUGACGGGUCUGACUUUGAUUCCUUGUUCCAUGGAAUCUCCGAUGUAGGCAGGGAGCUUUGUCGUAUCGCGCAUUUCCUCCACGUGGGCAACAUGGUUAUCCUUGACGCUUCUCCUAGCGGUUCACCUAGGCACAAAUUUCAAGGCUGUGACAGCCGUAGCGCUCCGUACAUUGAACCGCCAGAGGGCCAACCUCGUUUGUUCGGACUUCUUUGAUACCGGAAAAAUAUUAACGCCCCGCCAGGCCGCGCGACGCGAGCGAAUUUUCGAGAAGGAUGGCGUUUUGAGAUGGGGUGGAUCUAGGGUCUUUGGAAACGCCGAAAUCGGAGUCAGGUUGGCGGCGCUGAUCCGCUCGCUUCGUCAAUCUCCGGGGCGCAAGAAGGGGGGAGAAGAGGGCGUCGGCCUUGCCGAACUCGCAAGUGUAUUCCAGAACGAGAAGUACCUACUGUGGUAUGAUGCUCAGAGAUGUUUGGUCACGAUAUGUCUCAAGGAGAAGGUUAGCCCCGAGGAACAGCUCAAAUCAUGGGUGCACGCUCUUGUUCUAGCUAGGGAGAUACGCCACCGUUGGCCCAAGGGAGGAGUCGACAAUUCAAACGGACCAUCCCAGCAGGCGUUACUCGAUACCGUUAGGAAAACAUUGGACGAUAUAGGCAUGUCCUUCACGCCCAUGCUACAGAGGUUGAGGGAAGCUGGAUGGGACCUGGGUGUGGCAGUGUUGGAGACGGUGCCUGGGUAUCGGGUCGGUGCAUGUUCCAUAGAGAUCAAAGGCGCAGGUAAAUGCAGGGAUGACACAACCGCGAAAGGGGGAGAAACAAAGAAAGAGAUUUGAAAAUGGAAAGACAAAAAGGGAAAGGGAGGGAAAGGGGUGAUAAUCUGGGCUGUGUGAGGGGCAUUAGUCGGGCGGGGAUUGUGGAUUCGUGCAGUGUUGUAUGAUGCCGAUAUCAUGGGCAGUUUGCCUUACCGGUACUUUGGCUUACCCCAAGGUAAAUCGCAGAAAACGCGAACACUCGAGUACAUGUACCGUAGUAGACUAUAGUAAACGCCGUGCGGAGUCGAGAACCGGGAAACAUACCGUGAGCCCAG